AUGUCAGUUACUGUGAAGAAUGGUAACUCUUUGUUUUUGAUCAACUAUGCUACCCAGAUAAUUUGCUUUGUCGUUGUGACACCGCUGGUAUGGUUACGGAUCCUUGUUCGGUGGCGUUUGAAGCGCGCCCUAGGAAUUGACGAUGCGGCAUGUGUUAUCGGAUGGGUUCUGUUCAUGGGCUAUUGUGCAAAUGCCUUGAUAUAUGGAUUCUCGGGGGGCACCAUCCCACCCUCAGAGCUGAGCCAUGAAGAGUUUGAGCAAUGCAUCAAGAUCUCCUAUGUGGCAACCGCCAUUUAUGCACCCACAGCUCUUUUCGUCAAGAGCAGCCUGAUAUAUGUUCUGAUCCGGGUAUUUCAACCAUUUUAUACAGGCAUGAUAGCCUUGUACUGUCUUCUCGGUGUGACAAUCGGUUACUACUUCAUAAUCACUUUCAUCAAGAUCUUUAUUUGCAACCCCGUCUCGGCCUAUUGGCGACAAUCCGAAAGUGAAAAUGCGACUUGCUUGAGCCAACCCGGAGUUAUCAUCGCAGAUUCUGUUAUCAGCUUCUUGACGGACAUUGCAAUUUUCGCAUUUCCAGUUGCCUUGACCUGGUCCUUGCAAAUGCCGAUUUGGAAGAAGAUCCGCGUUGUCUUUCUUCUGGGUCUUGGAGGUAUCGCCGUUGCUUUCAGCCUCUUCCGACUUGUCAUUGGUGUCCACGAGAAGGAUAGACCCCACGAAACGACCAUGUUCAUGAAAUCUAUUUUGACCGCAAACGCAGAGAUUGGUCUCGGUCUCGUUUGUGCCUGUCUUCCAGCCUUGAAUGUUCUCACAACACACAACAAACAGCGUGCACCCGAAGCGAAAGGAAUCUUUACUCGUCGCAAGAAAAAUGCCAAAUCAACAAAUCGCAUAUUUGACGGGGACCAGUUUUCACAUACACAACUGAGCAGCUGUGCUCGCCGGGGCUCGACUGACUCAGCUGAACUUAUGGCUAGCCAUCAAGCCUCGGGGUUUCCUGUUGGUGACGGAAGUGAUACAAUAAUCAAAAUGGUUUCAUUAAAUCAACGCUGGGAAACCGCGUCACAGAGUAACCAAAGAACCGACCGAUCAGACAUAAUAUAA